AUGACUCAGUUGGAGCAGCCCCUUACUCUCAGGGCUCUGAGAGAUGAGAAUGUUGCCGUCCGCCGAGACAACGAGGUCCUCUCCAGAAGGAACACAGACCUCCACAGAGAGAAUGAGGACCUCCACAAAAACCUUGUGGAACUCGAGUUGAAAUACAAGUACUCUAGGAACAAGAGAAAAAUGGCCCUUCAAAUAGAGAACGAGGUUUUUCAUGCCCAAAAUGAGGCCCUCAACAAAGACGUUGACUCACUGCACAGUGAAAAGGAGGCUAUGUGGACAGAGAGGGAGGCUCUGUGCAGAGAAAUUGAGGACCUUCACAAACAGCAGAAGGACUUUCAAAUGGAGAAGCAGACUUUCCACCAAAACAUCCGAGAGCUGAACCUGAAAAGCAAGGGAGAGAAAGAGGCCAUCAGGGAGCAAUGCCACAUUCUGCAACAAGAAGUUUGGCAGCUAGAUAGAAGUCUGCGGGACCUGGAAGAUGUUCAGGAGCUCAGCAAGAACCUGGGUAAUGGACAAGAGGCCAUUAGACAGGAAUGUGAGGAGCUGCAACAAGAAGUUAAGCAACCUGAAGAAGUUCUGCAAGAUUCAACGGUUUGUGAGAACAACUAUGACACAUUGAAGCAGAAAUACGAGUCUGUAAGCGAACAAAACAAGACCCUGGAACAAAAACUUCAGGAGGAUAUUUUGCAUGAUGGCGAAGAGGCCAUGUUACAAAAUAACAAUGCUCUUCAAGAACAAACUCAGGAGCUCUUGAAUUGUAAGCAACAACUCAAAAACUAUGAACACAUCUACAAUACGAUAAUGCAAGAAAACCAGUCCAUACACAAACGGAAUGAGGCCCUGGAAAAAGAUGUCAUAGAGCUUAACAGAAGGUUUUGUGAUGGAGAAGAGGCCAUGGGCCAUAAUGUUGAGACUCUUCAACAAGGAAUGAAGGAGCUUGACAGAAAGUUGCAUGAUGGAGAGGAGGCCAAAAUGCAAAUGAAUGUGGCUCGUCAAGAACAAGUUGAUGAGCACAAGGCUGUUCUACAAGAACUGGAACACAACUUAAAUGUAAUGAGCCAAGAGAACAGUUACAUUCAACAACAAAACAAGGCCCUGGAACUAGAAUUACGGGAGGUCAAGGAAAUGUUGUACAAUAGAGAGGAGACCAUAUUACAAAAUGUUGAAGCUCUCCAAGUACAAGAUCAGGAGCUGAAAAAUGUUAAGCAGGAACUGAAAGACUUUGAAGACAGCUAUUAUGUGAUCGAGCAAGAAAAUGGGUCUAUGAACCAAGAAUAUGAGACCCUGAAACAAGAAGUCCAAGAGCUGUACAAAACGUUUUGUAAUGAAGAAAAAGCCAAGACCCUUGGAGAACAAGCUCAAGAGCUCAAAACAGUUCUACAAGAACUAAAAGAGAAUUGUGAUGUGAUGAGCAAGGACAACAUGUAUAUGGGACAACAAAACAAGGCCCUUGAACAAAAAACCCAGGAGCUUGAAAAACAGUUGCAUGAUGGUGAAGAGGCCAUGAUACAAAUGAACAAGGCCAACCAAGAACAUGCUCAGGAGCUCAAACGUGUUCAGCUCCAAAAGGAGUCACUUCACGAACAUAAUGAGGCCCUGGAAAAGAAAGUCCAUGAGCUUUACAAUAAGUUCUGCGAAGGAGAGGAGACCAAAAUGCAUAUGGGAGAGACUCUUCAAGAAGAAGCUCAGGAGCUCAAAAAUGUUCGUCAAGAACUCAAAGAAUUGAAACACAUUCAUAAUGAGUUGAUGAAAGGAAAGGAGACUCUACACCAACUAAAUGAGGCCCUGGAACAAGAAGUCCAGGAACUUAAUAAAAAGUUGAGUGAAGGAGAAGAGGCCAUGAUGCGAACUGGUGAGACAUUAGAACAAGGAGAGCAGGAGCUAAAAAAUGUUCAGCAACAACUCAAAGACUUGGAAUAUGAUCAUAAUGUAAUGACGCAGGACAAUGAGUCUCUACGCAAAAUAAAUGAGGUCCUGGAACAAGAAGUCACCGAACUAAGCAAAAAGUUGAGUGAUGGAGAGGAGGCUAGAUUGCAUAUUGGAGAAACACAUCAGGAAGCAGCUCAGGAGCUCAAACAAGUUCGGCAAGAACUCAAAGACUUCAAACAUAUUCAUAAUGAGUUGAUGCAAGGAAAGGAGACUCUACACCAACUAAAUGAGGCCCUGGAACAAGAAGUCCAGGAGCUCAACAAAAAGUUGAGUGAUGGAGAAGAGGCCAUGAUGCAUACUGGUGCAACACUGGAACAAGGAGAGCAGGAGCUCCAAAUUGUUCAGCAACAACAUAAAUACUUGGAACAUGAUCAUAAUGUGAUGACUCAAGAAAAUGAGGCCCUACACAAAAGAAAUGAGGCUCUGGAACACAAAGUCACUGAACUUAGCAGAAAGUUGGUUAAAGCAGAGGAGGCCAUAAUGCAAAUUGGACAGACUUUUAAUCAAGAAAAUCAAGAGUUCAAAAACUUCCAGCACAUUUAUAAUGAGAUGAUACAAGACAACAAGUCUCUACACCAACUAAAUGAGGUCCUGGAACAAGAAGUCCAGGGACUUAAUAAAAAGUUGUGUGAUCGAGAUGAGGCCAUGAUGCAAACUGGUGAGACAUUAGAACAAGGAGAGCAGGAGCUAAAAAAUGUUCAGCAACAACUCAAAGACUUGGAAUAUGAUCAUAAUGUAAUGACGCAGGACAAUGAGUCUCUACGCAAAAUAAAUGAGGUCCUGGAACAAGAAGUCACCGAACUAAGCAAAAAGUUGAGUGAUGGAGAGGAGGCUAGAUUGCAUAUUGGAGAAACACAUCAGGAAGCAGCUCAGGAGCUCAAACAAGUUCGGCAAGAACUCAAAGACUUCAAACAUAUUCAUAAUGAGUUGAUGCAAGGAAAGGAGACUCUACACCAACUAAAUGAGGCCCUGGAACAAGAAGUCCAGGAGCUCAACAAAAAGUUGAGUGAUGGAGAAGAGGCCAUGAUGCAUACUGGUGCAACACUGGAACAAGGAGAGCAGGAGCUCCAAAUUGUUCAGCAACAACAUAAAUACUUGGAACAUGAUCAUAAUGUGAUGACUCAAGAAAAUGAGGCCCUACACAAAAGAAAUGAGGCUCUGGAACACAAAGUCACUGAACUUAGCAGAAAGUUGGUUAAAGCAGAGGAGGCCAUAAUGCAAAUUGGACAGACUUUUAAUCAAGAAAAUCAAGAGUUCAAAAACUUCCAGCACAUUUAUAAUGAGAUGAUACAAGACAACAAGUCUCUACACCAACUAAAUGAGGUCCUGGAACAAGAAGUCCAGGGACUUAAUACAAAGUUGUGUGAUCGAGAUGAGGCCAUGAUGCAAACUGGUGAGACAUUAGAACAAGGAGAGCAGGAGCUAAAAAAUGUUCAGCAACAACUCAAAGACUUGGAAUAUGAUCAUAAUGUAAUGACGCAGGACAAUGAGUCUCUACGCAAAAUAAAUGAGGUCCUGGAACAAGAAGUCACCGAACUAAGCAAAAAGUUGAGUGAUGGAGAGGAGGCUAGAUUGCAUAUUGGAGAAACACAUCAGGAAGCAGCUCAGGAGCUCAAACAAGUUCGGCAAGAACUCAAAGACUUCAAACAUAUUCAUAAUGAGUUGAUGCAAGGAAAGGAGACUCUACACCAACUAAAUGAGGCCCUGGAACAAGAAGUCCAGGAGCUCAACAAAAAGUUGAGUGAUGGAGAAGAGGCCAUGGUGCAUACUGGUGCAACACUGGAACAAGGAGAGCAGGAGCUCCAAAUUGUUCAGCAACAACAUAAAUACUUGGAACAUGAUCAUAAUGUGAUGACUCAAGAAAAUGAGGCCCUACACAAAAGAAAUGAGGCUCUGGAACACAAAGUCACUGAACUUAGCAGAAAGUUGGUUAAAGCAGAGGAGGCCAUAAUGCAAAUUGGACAGACUUUUAAUCAAGAAAAUCAAGAGUUCAAAAACUUCCAGCACAUUUAUAAUGAGAUGAUACAAGACAACAAGUCUCUACACCAACUAAAUGAGGUCCUGGAACAAGAAGUCCAGGGACUUAAUAAAAAGUUGUGUGAUCGAGAUGAGGCCAUGAUGCAAACUGGUGAGACAUUAGAACAAGGAGAGCAGGAGCUAAAAAAUGUUCAGCAACAACUCAAAGACUUGGAAUAUGAUCAUAAUGUAAUGACGCAGGACAAUGAGUCUCUACGCAAAAUAAAUGAGGUCCUGGAACAAGAAGUCACCGAACUAAGCAAAAAGUUGAGUGAUGGAGAGGAGGCUAGAUUGCAUAUUGGAGAAACACAUCAGGAAGCAGCUCAGGAGCUCAAACAAGUUCGGCAAGAACUCAAAGACUUCAAACAUAUUCAUAAUGAGUUGAUGCAAGGAAAGGAGACUCUACACCAACUAAAUGAGGCCCUGGAACAAGAAGUCCAGGAGCUCAACAAAAAGUUGAGUGAUGGAGAAGAGGCCAUGAUGCAUACUGGUGCAACACUGGAACAAGGAGAGCAGGAGCUCCAAAUUGUUCAGCAACAACAUAAAUACUUGGAACAUGAUCAUAAUGUGAUGACUCAAGAAAAUGAGGCCCUACACAAAAGAAAUGAGGCUCUGGAACACAAAGUCACUGAACUUAGCAGAAAGUUGGUUAAAGCAGAGGAGGCCAUAAUGCAAAUUGGACAGACUUUUAAUCAAGAAAAUCAAGAGUUCAAAAACUUCCAGCACAUUUAUAAUGAGAUGAUACAAGACAACAAGUCUCUACACCAACUAAAUGAGGUCCUGGAACAAGAAGUCCAGGGACUUAAUAAAAAGUUGUGUGAUCGAGACGAGGCCAUGAAGCAUAUUGGUGAAACACUGGAACAAGGAGAGCAGAAGUUCAAAAAUGUUCAACAAAAACUCAAAGACUCUGAAUAUGAUCAGAGUGUGAUGACUCAAGAAAAUGAGUCUCUACACAAAAUAAAUGAGGUCCUGGAACAAGAAUUCACCGAACUAAGAAAAAAGUUGUUUGAUGGAGAGGAAGCCAUGAUGCAUAUUGGUGAGACCCUGAAACAAGGUGAGCAGGAGCUAAAAAAUCUACAGCAACAACUCAAAGACUUUGAACACAAUGAGAAUUUGAUCACCCAAGAAAACGAGUCCCUAUUCCAAGAAAAUGAGGCCAUGGAACAAGAAAUCCAGGAGCUUCAUAAGAAGUUGUUUGAUGGGGAGGAGGCUGUGAUACAUAUUGGCAAGACUCUUGAACAAGGUCAGCAGGAGCUCAAACUUGUUCAGCAGGAACUCAAAGACUUGAAACACAUAAGUUAUCAAGAAAACAAGUCUCUACACCAACUAAAUGAGGCCCUGGAACAAGAAGUCCAGGGACUUAAAAAGUUGAGUGAAGGAGAAGAGGCCAUGAUGCAAACUGGUGAGACAUUAGAACAAGGAGAGCAGGAGCUAAAAAAUGUUCAGCAACAACUCAAAGACUUGGAAUAUGAUCAUAAUGUAAUGACGCAGGAAAAUGAGUCUCUACGCAAAAUAAAUGAGGUCCUGGAAGAAGAAGUCCAGGAGUUCAACAAAAUGUUGUGUCAUCGAGACGAGGCCAUGAAGCAUAUUGGUGAAACACUGGAACAAGGAGAGCAGAAGCUCAAAAAUGUUCAGCAACAACUCAAAGACUUUGAACACAAUGAGAAUUUGAUUACCCAAGAAAACGAGUCCCUAUUCCAAGAAAAUGAGGCCAUGGAACAAGAAAUCCAGGAGCUUAAGAAAAAGUUCCAUGAUCAAGAAGAGGGCAUGGUGGAAAUUGGAGAGAGUCUUCAACAAGCAGUGUGGAAGUUCAAAAAUAUACAGCAAAAACUCAAAGACUUGGAACACAAUCGUAAUGUGAUAAUGCAAGAAAAGGUGACUCUACAUGAACAAAAUGGGGCCCUGGAACAAGAAGUCGAGGAACUUAACAAAAAAUUGCUUGAUGGAGAGGAGGCUAGAUUGCAUAUUGGAGAAACACAUCAGGAAGCAGCUCAGGAGCUCAAACAAGUUCGGCAAGAACUCAAAGACUUCAAACAUAUUCAUAAUGAGUUGAUGCAAGGAAAGGAGACUCUACACCAACUAAAUGAGGCCCUGGAACAAGAAGUCCAGGAGCUCAACAAAAAGUUGAGUGAUGGAGAAGAGGCCAUGAAGCAUACUGGUGAAACACUGGAACAAGGAGAGCAGGAGCUCAAAAAUGUUCAACAAAAACUCAAAGACUCUGAAUAUGAUCAGAGUGUGAUGACUCAAGAAAAUGAGUCUCUACACAAAAUAAAUGAGGUCCUGGAACAAGAAUUCACCGAACUAAGCAAAAAGUUGUUUGAUGGAGAGGAAGCCAUGAUGCAUAUUGGUGAGACCCUGAAACAAGGUGAGCAGGAGCUCAAAAAUGUACAGCCACUACUCAAAGAAUUUGAACACAAUGAGAAUUUGAUCACCCAAGAAAACGAGUCCCUAUUCCAAGAAAAUGAGGCCAUGGAACAAGAAAUCCAGGAUCUUAAUAAAAAGUUCUUUGAUGGAGAGGAGGCUGUGAUACAUAUUGGCAAGACUCUUGAACAAGGUCAGCAGGAGCUCAAACUUGUUCAGCAGGAACUCAAAGACUUGAAACACAUUAGUUAUGAAAUGACGCAAGAAAACAAGUCUCUACACCAACUAAAUGAGGCCCUGGAACAAGAAGUCCAGGGACUUAAUAAAAAGUUGAGUGAAGGAGAAGAGGCCAUGAUGCAAACUGGUGAGACAUUAGAACAAGGAGAGCAGGAGCUAAAAAAUGUUCAGCAACAACUCAAAGACUUGGAAUAUGAUCAUAAUGUAAUGACGCAGGAAAAUGAGUCUCUACACAAAAUAAAUGAGGUCCUGGAAGAAGAAGUCCAGGAGUUCAACAAAAAAUUGUGUCAUCGAGAGGAGGCCAUGAAGGAUAUUGGUGAAACACUGGAACAAGGAGAGCAGAAGCUCAAAAAUGUUCAGCAACAACUCAAAGACUUUGAACACAAUGAGAAUUUGAUCACCCAAGAAAACGAGUCCCUAUUCCAAGAAAAUGAGGCCAUGGAACAAGAAAUCCAGGAGCUUAAGAAAAAGUUCCAUGAUCAAGAAGAGGGCAUGGUGGAAAUUGGAGAGAGUCUUCAACAAGCAGUGUGGAAGUUCAAAAAUAUACAGCAAAAACUCAAAGACUUGGAACACAAUCGUAAUGUGAUAAUGCAAGAAAAGGUGACUCUACAUGAACAAAAUGGGGCCCUGGAACAAGAAGUCGAGGAACUUAACAAAAAAUUGCUUGAUGGAGAGGAGGCUAGAUUGCAUAUUGGAGAAACACAUCAGGAAGCAGCUCAGGAGCUCAAACAAGUUCGGCAAGAACUCAAAGACUUCAAACAUAUUCAUAAUGAGUUGAUGCAAGGAAAGGAGACUCUACACCAACUAAAUGAGGCCCUGGAACAAGAAGUCCAGGAGCUCAACAAAAAGUUGAGUGAUGGAGAAGAGGCUAGAUUGCAUAUUGGAGAAACACAUCAGGAAGCAGCUCAGGAGCUCAAACAAGUUCGGCAAGAACUCAAAGACUUCAAACAUAUUCAUAAUGAGUUGAUGCAAGGAAAGGAGACUCUACACCAACUAAAUGAGGUCCUGGAACAAGAAUUCACAGAACUAAGCAAAAAGUUGUUUGAUGGAGAGGAAGCCAUGAUGCAUAUUGGUGAGACCCUGAAACAAGGUGAGCAGGAGCUCAAAAAUGUACAGCCACUACUCAAAGAAUUUGAACACAAUGAGAAUUUGAUCACCCAAGAAAACGAGUCCCUAUUCCAAGAAAAUGAGGCCAUGGAACAAGAAAUCCAGGAUCUUAAUAAAAAGUUGUUUGAUGGGGAGGAGGCUGUGAUACAUAUUGGCAAGACUCUUGAACAAGGUCAGCAGGAGCUCAAACUUGUUCAGCAGGAACUCAAAGACUUGAAACACAUUAGUUAUGAAAUGACGCAAGAAAACAAGUCUCUACACCAACUAAAUGAGGCCCUGCAAAAACAAAUUGAGGAGGUCAAGAACAUGAUCAGGAUUGAAAAAGGCUUGUUUGCAGGGGAGCAGCUCAAAGCCUGCCAGAGGGAGGAAGCACUUUAUGAUGAAUUGCAGACACUUAACAUUCAUCUGACGUUUAAGAUAAGGGAAAAUCAGGACCUCCAGAAAGGACUGCAGUCCCUUAAAGAGAGUGCUGAUCAGCGGAUGGCAGAAGAUGCAAACAAGACCGCCGAGGAGCAGCAGAAACGGACACAUUGGCUUUCUAACUGGUUUUCCUAA